AUGCUCGCUUCCGUCGUCGGUGCGGGCGUUGCGGGAGUCACUGCGCUCCUCGCAUACAGCGCCAUCAACGAUGCCUUUAAGGAGAAGGUCGACAGGGAGAUUGACCUUCAGUGGAUGCAGGCCUCGAUUGACGCUAUGCCGAAGUGUCACUACCUUGCCUAUGGAUCUGUCAUCGUGAACGCAACAAGCGGCGAGAAGAUCUGCGAGGGCUACAACCGUGAGAUGGAGACGGCCGACCCCACCGAGCACGGCGAGGUCGACGCCAUGCGCAACUGCGUCAAGAAGUACACCGACCUUGGAUGGACCUCGGAGCAGAUCAAGAACGACCUGUGGCCCAACAGCUGGAUCUACACGACUGCUGAGCCGUGCCCGAUGUGCGGCGCGGUCAUCCUGCAUUCCGGCUUUAAGCGUGUUAUUUUUGGUACUGACCAGCCGACGAUGCGGUACAUGGGCUGGAACGAGUACCUGGUGACUCUGCGUACUGACUGGCUGCGCCGCCUGGCCUUGAUCCAGCCCGGGUUCGGUAACGGACGCCCUGUGACGGACGUGCUGUCUGUUGGCUCUGAGCUGACGGACCCACUCCUGUGGUGGCAACACCACGCCAAGUACCCGUGCCCUGCUGGGUGCCAUCGCGAGGAGGGGGACAAGGUGAACGGAGUGCCUCUGUGCAAGCCUGACGCCGGGCAGUAG